AUGAAGCACGAUAAUUCCCUUCAAACACCGGUGGUUGCGCACCCCGAGGGUUUUGGCCAAAGCAGCAGUGCGCAAGAACCCGACUCUCUCACAAGCAACCAAGACAACACCUCCGACGACGACCCAGUGAUACCCGAGCAGGACCUCGCCCCCAUCAAAGCCCGAGUAAAGGAGUACAUCCAUCGCCACAUCCGGCAAUUUCAUCACGUCUACCACUCCUCCUCUCCGUCGUCGGGCAAUGGCGAAGAAGAGCUGCACCAAACGGUCUGGAUGCUCAAGAGAGCUCAGAGAAUCAACUCAGACCUUUGGUUCGUGCAACGGUCGCUGACGGAUGAAAAGGGAGUGACGAGGACGCAAUUGCACACGCAGCUCCUUCCUAAGCUUGAUGCGUGCUUGAAGGAGUUGGAUACGUUGCAUUCGUUGAAGAGAGAGGUUAGUAAGAGGCAGGUUAAGAGGGAGGUUCAGGUUCCGAUGAAGAAAGGAAGGAAGGAUAUCACCAUGCCACAACAAACGACAAUGGAAGCGAAGGUCUUGUCUCCUGAGCACGGCCUGCGGAAGGAACCGACAAACAAAAUACCCUCAUCACCGACCACGGCUCGUCCAGUUAGCACUGGACCCCCAUCACGGCCCGUGACUAAGGUGGAAAAGGCACAGGGGCGUCCAGUCAACACAGACGGGGAAAAUUGUGCCCCAAAGAGGCCGAAUCGCCGUCGAAACGCCUUUUCAACAGGCACGACUCUCAAGCACGUAGCUCAAAAAGAUCCAAUUGCCGAGUUCGAUCGGAUACAAGAAGGCGUCGAGGGCAUUAAGAGAUACUUUACGCUGCCUACCGUCCUCGAACCAAGCAAAAUUUUGGUAUCAAGAUUGAGAAAGUUUAACAAACGUAGCGAUGAAGAGCUCUUCAAGGCGAUAUGUUUGACCGACUGGGAGAUCGAAAGGGAGGUGGACAAGUGCAGGAGCGCGUUUCAAACCGUCCUCAAGGAGAUACAAUCUGCGCUCAGGAAAGUCGUGGAGGAGUUCUUUCUUGUUCGCGGACCGGUUCUGGGCGAGCCAAAUCGGAACCUGAUCGUUGUACAGGAGAGCUUCAGGGUGUUGGAGGACUUGAGGGUUACGUUUCCUGAGGCGAUGGAGUUUGGGAAGCAAGCAGGACCGGCUGAUGGAGGAGGGAUCGCGGCUCCGCCGAAUUCGAGGGCUGAAUCACAACCGCCUCCUCCUCUUCGUACCCAACAAAAGAGGGCUCGGGCGGAUAGUGAGGAACCUAAAGAUCUUGCUGUGUGCGUCAAGAGGAGGAAGGCCCAUGGGAUUGAAUCACCAAAGAGGGCUCGGGCUGAAUUACAAAAGAGGGCUCGUGCGGAUAGCGAAGAAUCGCAAGAUGUUGCAGUUUGUAUCGAGAGGGAUAAGGUUCGUGAGACUUGUUGGUGA